CUCUCUGCAGCUGAAUGGAGUUGAACAAGACACCUUGACUUUCUUGGUUGUCAAUCCAAAGAGAGGUUGCCGUAAAACUGAAAAGGAUUUAAGAGGAAAUCUGUGCAGAUCGAUACAGAUGGGGAUUUGCGUGUCAAGGAAGGUUUCAAGGGAAAACCUGAGAAAAUCAAUAAAGAAAGGAACAAAGCCUUCGGAGAAUGAAGCGUUGUUUUUGGUUGCUGAGAUAAGGAGCCAAUUGAAGAUGGUUUAUGGAUGCCUCUCACUAGGGUUAGCAAUGAUGGACAUGACAGAAAUCCCUAAAAUGAUCUGGGCGGUAACUGAGGUAGAGAAACUCAAUGUGUCACAUAAUUGUCUCAUCACUAUCACGCCCGGCAUUGAAACCCUUCAGAACUUGGUUGUUCUAAACCUACUGGGAAACCAAUUGGCUGUUCUGCCCAAGGAGAUUGGAUCGCUGAAGAAGCUUAAGGUCUUAUUUGCAGGCUGGAACUGUCUGAAGGAAGUACCGGUGGAGCUGAGCUGCUGCAAGAAACUCCAGGUAUUAAGCCUGUCGAACAAUUUGAUUUCAUCUCUCCCUGAGAGUCUGGAGGAGCUGAACAGGCUGGAAAAGCUCAACCUAAGCAACAACCAAUUUAUUCAAUUUCCCCCCUGUAUCUACGGACUAAAGAGACUAGUCUUCCUAGAUGUGGGUCACAACAAAAUCAGGAGCAUCUCAGAAAGUGUGGGGCAGCUGGAACGGGUCAGCGUGUUCAUUGCGGAGGAGAACAGACUCCAAUAUCUGCCUAAAUCCAUCUCUUUGUUACGGUCCCUUAAGCUGCUGAACGUGAACCACAACGAUAUUGAAUCUCUUCCUGUGACGCUCCCCAUGUUGACCGACUUGGUGAGAGUGGCCUGCCACUCGCUGGACACGGGGCUGCACGUCAAGGGUAACCCUCUGGCCAAGCCGCUGCCCCAGCUGCUGGAUGAAGGUCUGGAAUCGCUCUUUGAUUAUCUGAGACGCUCUGAGGCCAAUAAAUAAGAAGCAGUUUCGGUUUUGUUCCACUCAUCAGUUUUGAUAGUUUUUCCUAGCCUACUACAGUACAGUACAAUAGGACGGAGAAUUCAACAUGAACGUUACAGCUGUGGAACAUGAGGAAGCAGAAGCAAUGAGGUUUCCCAGGGACAACUGAUUGGGUCUGUCUGCAAUUGCAUAUACGCUGCUACCCUGACAAACCAAACCCCCUGGAUCUCAGCAGCAUUAAACCCUAGGAAACUGAUUCUAAGUUACGGCAUGUAUAAACAUUAAACAACAUGGAAUAAACUUGAAACACACUUGCUUAAAUUUAAUAAACUUUAUUUAGCUAAA